AGCAGAGCCCACGACCAAUGCUCAACAGAAACACGGCAAUAUGUUUAAUAGCGCUUUGCUUCAUCUCUUUUUUGUUCAUGUUUUCACGAAACACCUGUAAUAUACAAGAACAGUAUGGAAUUUCUCUCUUGCAACUUCCAUUUUUCUCAAAUUCCACCGAAUCAUUAAAAAAUAUCUCUGGCUUAGUUUCACUGCAACCUGAAUAUGUUGAACCAUUGACACCUAGACCUACUCCAUCGAAAGAAGAAGUUCCGGAUUCCGGAGAUGAUGAGGUCGUGGGUGGAGAAUCCGCCAUGUCGUAUUUCAAAAAGUUGUCUGGGUCUAUAAAAGACUUUAUAAAUAGUAGAUCUGGAAGCGGUGAAAAAAUAAAUGUUCUGGCUGCAUAUUCAUAUAAGGAUCACUUUUCUGCAACCAUAUCAAUUCCGAAAAAGAUUGGGACAAUUGCCUAUUGCCGAUAUGUUGGAGCAGAUGGAAAAGAAGUUGCGGAGCCGGUUUUAUCUCAAAUUUACCCGUUUUUUGUGGUAUAUUGCAGUCGGAGAAACAAUGUAACGACACUUGGAAUUACGGGUGACAAAAACGAAUUGAUUAGUACGGAGAAUUCGGUUAAAUUAAUAAGAAGGAAAUUUAAAGAAUACCAACACAAUGUCUCCUUCUGCCUAGCCCCAAUAUACGGGAAAGAGCCAAAGUGGCUUCAUUUCGUGGAGCUCGUCGAGCAUUACAAAUUGCAAGGCGUCAACAAAUUCUUCAUUUACAUCCGUGAAAUUAACGAGUAUGAUCGGAAACUAAUCGAUAGCUACGUGGAAAGUGGCGAGGUGGAGAUUAUCGAUAUUCCUGGAACUGUUGCAGACGUCAUUGCCCAACAGUUAAUGGCUGUAGCUGAUUGCCUUCUGAGAAGUCGUACCUUUUCAAAAUGGUCAAUUUAUGCGGAUAUAGACGAACGUUUGAUUAUGACAGAUGAUCGUAUAACUAUUGACGGAUUUUUGAGAACUAUAACAGACGAGACGAUCGGCUCAAUAGCCUUCCCGCAACGUUGGAUAAUGAAGCGAGACCUACUUCCGGCAAAAUUCGAAAACGACGAGCAAGUUAUUGAAACGAUGCCCACGCGUGCGUGGCACGAGACAACUAGCGCCGCACUGAAAGGUCAUCCUGUGUGCAAUGAGCAACAGAGCUGCUGGGCAAAGGAUAUUGUGCACAAUGAAAAGGCGAUUCGAAUGCUUGUUCACGAAGUGGAAACUUUUUAUCCCGGAUUUCGGGAAUUGUUUUUAGACCCAUCAAUUGGUUACAUAAGACACUACCGCGACGUCACAAUGCAGUCUUGGGAGCACAACAACGUGGCAAAUCUCAAAAAAUUCGGUCCAUUUUCCAACACAACGUACCCUCCAACAAUAGGAUCGAAAUUACUGAAAAACGUGUUCAGUCGUCUUCAUCGGGUUUAUAAUUGAAUAUUAUAUCGGGUUAUUUGUAGUUCUAUCAUUUUUUUUUAUUUUGUUAUUUUAUAUUGUUAUUUAAUUAACGUUUUCUUAUUCUGAGAACGUUCUCUGCGGGUACGUGAUUUGAAUUUUGUUAGGCAUGUUAUUGUGAUUGAUAUUUGCCAAAUAAAUAUUUUUGCCAAUUGCAUUUU